AUGGAUCAGACUGUUCUAGACAGGGAUGCUUUAUCACAUGAUCUUGAAACAAAAGGUUACUCCGUGGUUCCGAAUGUGGUGACAAAGGAAGAAUGUGACGUCUACACCCAACAGUACAAGGACUGGAUGGCCAAGUUUGGGGGCGACGCCCCCUUCAGUCACGACUCUCUGAUGCAGUUCUAUAGAGUCGGCCAUUUUGAUGCUACAUGGAGGGUGCGACUGAAAGCCAAACCAGUCUUUGCUUCUCUUUGGAAGACAGAGAAACUUCUAAGUAGCAUGGACGGGAUAGCAAUCGGGAUACCACCAGAACACGGAAUAGGACAAUACAGAGACGAAUGGACAAAUUGGUUUCAUCUUGACCAACGACGAGCUAGAAAAGGGCUCCAUGUUUACCAGGCAGAUGUAUACUUAGAGGAAACGACCGAGGAAGAUCACAGCCUAAGAGUUCUCGAAAACUCUCAUCUUUAUCAUGAUACAUUCCAGGAGGUUUUCCAUGACGCGCUGGUACUUGAGGACGAGGAAAAUGGAGAAGAGUUCUUUAUCUUUAAGCAAGAAUGGGUCGCCUGGUACAAAGAGCAGGGGUGUACAGAGAAAAUAAUCACCGUCCCAAAGGGGGGAAUGGUAAUAUGGGAUUCGCGCACAGUCCACGAUGCUGUUAGACCAAAACGAGGUAGGAUUCAUUCCGAUAGGUGGCGCUUUGUCGUGUUUGUUUGUAUGGCGCCAGCUAUUUGGGCUGCUGAUGAAGAUUACAAGACAAAACAAUUUGCAUACGAUAAUUUUCUCUGUACAGCCCACUGGCCUGCACAGAAAAGUAUCGUUUUCAAAUCAACCGAAGAAAGUCCGUUCACAAAGAACCGUCGCCAUAUCUACGCUGUGGACACUAUGCCAGAUAUCGCAAAAACGAGAGAAGCGAAAUUGUUGGCUGGGUUAGAACGUUACGAUUUCAAUGAUGGCGCUCCGAAUGACCCUGGCUGGAGACCUAAGUGGGACUCGUCAUCUGUUUACUACCAAAGGUACAGCAGUAUACGACAUUUGAUGUUAUUAUAG